GACUGAGACCACCUUAGGGCCAGCAGCUCCCGCCCUCAUUUGGGAGAAAUAAAUGCUGACUCCUUGCAAAGUUUCCAGCUGCAAAGUUUGCUCCUCAGCCGCCGCGGGAAAAGGAAGCUUGGGGAUCCCUCCCCAAAGCUGGGACUUUUUUGCUCCCUGCAUUCCAGCCCCUGUUCUCUGGCUCCACUGGGCGGGGGCCUCUGGCUGCAGAGCUUUCUCGUCUUGUCUUGCCCCGGCACAGAAAUCAACGGCUUGGCCCCCACAGAGAACAAGUCAACCGAGAUGUGGAAGGUGCCAGUUCUGCUCUUGGUUUUGGGAAGCGUGUGGCUCUGGGACCUGGCAGAAGGAGCCAGCACAGUCCGGCCAGAAGAUGACAUAACACCAGGUGCAGAAGAUAACAUGGUGACGGCAGGCACCAGCGUAGAGCCUUAUGAGUCUGGCUUAACAGCUGCGGUGCCAAUAAAUAGAGAGGGUGUAACAGACCUUCGCUUAGAGGAUAGGGCGACCGAAAGCACAGUCCGUGCUGAAGAAGAAACCCAGAGCACCACAACCUUGAACGUAGUGACUAGUCACCCCACAGAGAAAGUAGGUGAAGACACAGAGACAACAGUUGAGAAAGAUGGCCUGGCGACAGUGACCCUGGUUGGGAUUAUAGUUGGAGUCUUACUAGCCAUCGGAUUCAUUGGUGGGAUCAUCAUUGUGGUUGUUCGAAAAAUGUCAGGAAGGUACUCGCCCUAAAGAGCUGAAGAAUUGUGCCCUUCUACCAACACAUUUAAAAGAGAGUUUCCGACUUCCCCAUCCCUGAGCACAUGGGAGAAGAUGACCCAUGGAAAUCCCUUGGCGAUCCCACUCCAAAUCCAUGGUGAUCCCUCCACUCACCAAAAAUAACCCAAGGAAAGACAAUUCACAAGACUUGCUCCUCUAGGCAUUUGUCUUUUGAAAAUAUUUUUAAAUAUAAAUUUUGUAAAAGAUGAUUUAAAAGACAAAAUGCAUAGAAAAUGGAGCAAAGCCAUGUACACUGAUUUGUAACUAAGACAAUAUAAUUCAAUCGAUGUUAGAAAUUAUAAUCCUGUCUCCGUUCUGACCAUUCUCUGUUAUUGUUAAAAUGCAAUCGUGUCUGGAAAUAUUUGUACCAACGGAGUCCUUGAGUUUAGUGCCAUGUUCGUAAGUGGCAUAAGCUUGUGCAAUCUCUGCGCUGUUGAAAUGUACACAUUCCAAUCUAGGCUGGACUGUUUUUAAAGCCCAAUUUCAUGUGAAUAAUUAAGUAGAAAAUCUGAACUUGUAUAAUAUGUAAUGAACAACUGCCUUGCACUGGCCCAGAUAAAUCAUUUCAAAGGCACCCAUGUUAGAUUAUAAACAGGAAGUCUAUAGUUUGGAGAAGGGAUUUUGUUUCUCACAAUCAGGUCAUCGGGCAGGCUCUAGGCUGGCUUAUUGCCUUCUCCAGCGAUGACUUGGUGACUCAGAGAUUUGCUCCUACCUGCCGCCUCCUCUUCUCUUGCCCCAGAGCUCCUGGGGCAGCCUUUCUUCUUUCCAGGACCUAAGCCCUUCAGAUUGGCUGCUUUGUGGAAUAUGGAAGUCUUAGCCCUGGAUGCCAGGGAGACUGCUGGAGGCCCAACGGCGCCCGAGGCCCAGCUGUUCCAGACACCAAGAGCCAUGGUGGUCCCCAAACAGAAGGAAACCCUGUGUGUCCCUCUGGCCUGAUUACUUUCUGCCUCCGAGCAAACAUGUGGGACACAAAAAUAAUCCUGUAAGAUAGAAAUUUUAAGAAAGCAGGUGGAUUUAAAGCCUGGGCGUAAAAAUAAAAGAAAUUCCCAGUCUUCGUGACACGUACCACACACUUCCGUGGUGUCGUCGUUGAAAAGAUAUCAAAGUAAAGGAGUCCACGCUGCCAUCUGGGGUGGGCACCACCCAGCUCAGUACAUUUCUUCCCAUAGAUUGGCGGACUUCUUUUUCCCCAAACACAAAGUUUUUAUACUGAGCAGGCUCUCCAUCACGAUUGUGGUUGUGCAGGUCUGCCAUCCUCUCAACUUGUACAAAAAAGUAAGCUAUCCUUUGGAAAAGCACCGCCCAUUCCUCUCUUUCUUGCAGCAACGCGGGGAUGUUAUGUUAAACAGACUGCCCUUCUGUUACCCAAGUCCGGCUGGUCCACCAACCCAGGGUCCAUAUUGGAACAUCCGCUGAUUGAGAGAAGGGGCUUUAGAAGGGCUUAGUGUGCUUAUGUAUCCUUCUGUUUCAUCGCUUAGAUUCCUGAACAGGAGUCAGGGACAAAGUCCGUUUUGUCUUUUGUGUCCCUUCUUUUUUUCUCUCACUGUGAACAAUAACUGUCCGCCCCAAGUCAUACACUGGACCCGCCACCUGCUGGGACAGGACUGUGGGUUUCUUGGUCACAUCUGUGUUGGUGCUCAAUGCAGUGUAGACAUGUUUUAAAAUAAAACAGAUGAUUGCGUAUAA